AUGUUUUCCACAGCGCGUUAUGUUUGGAGCCGGCCCCGCGCCGCCUGUCGCCAUGGAAACAAAACAGGGGCGGCGGCGGCCGGAGUCGGGUCGGGCUGGGGCCUGGGUGGGGGAGGGGGUGGCGCUCGCGGGCCGUUGCCGUGGUAACGGGAACGGAGGCGCCCCUCCGCUUCAUCCGGGUCACGGCCUGUCCGCCAGUACCCCCCCCCAAGUCUUCCCAGUCUGGACCCGGCCCCUGGCCUGUCCCCUGGUUUCCUCCUGGCCCCGCUGGCCCUUUGCUCGUUCCCGAUUCCUUCCCUCCGACCUGUUCGCCGACCGCUGGACGGGCCCUCCAGCUCCCAGCGGAGGCCUUCACGUUUUCCCAGGACGGAGGCACGUGUCAGGGGACCCCCACCAGUAAAGAGCAUUUGCUUCGUCGGAGCAGCAAAGUUCAGGCCAUGUGGGCAUCCCUUGGGCACAACAGCGAGCUAGUUUCCACCACUCCCUUGGCAUCCCUCCCUGCCAAGCUGUGGGAUAAUGCGCACUGCCUGGCACUGCCCCUGCCAGGGGUUCCUGCCUUCUGCGACUGCGACGGACAGAAAACAGUAGCAUUCGGUCGUGGCCGCCCGCAGCGAGAGGGCCGGAGGGAGGGAGGCACCUGGGAGAGAGGACCGUUAGGGAGAGGCAGGAGGCAGGGAGGCCUCCAGACUCUUCCCCAGUGCCCUGGAUCACGGAGCUGGGGAUGCCUCCAGGCUGAUUGGCAGCUCUUUGUUUCAGCCCCCCCCCCCCCCCCGCCUGCUGGCCCCCCCCUUCAACUCCCCCUUCCAGUCCCUCCGCCCCCCGCUCCUGCUCUCUCCGCCUAGCCUUUUCCCCUCCCAGCCGCCUGCCUGCCAGGGGUAGUGAGCCAGCUGAGCGGCAUGGAGACGCAGAAACUUCGGGGGGCCCUGGCUCUUCUCCUCCUUUGCACUUUCGCAUCUGCCAGUCAGGACCUGCAGGUGAUUGACCUGCUGACUGUGGGCGAGUCUCGGCAGCUGACCGCUGUGGCGGAGAAGAUCCGGGCAGCCCUGCUCACUGCUGCUGACAUCUACCUCUUGUCCACCUUCCGCCUGCCCCCCAAGCAGGGUGGUGUCCUCUUUGGGCUCUACUCUCGCCAGGACAACACACGAUGGCUGGAGGCCUCCGUUGUGGGCAAAAUUAACAAAGUGCUGGUGCGGUACCAGCGGGAGGACGGCAGAGUCCAUGCCGUGAACCUGCAGCAGGCAGGCCUGGCCGACGGGCGCACGCACACGGCUCUCCUGCGGCUCCGCGGUCCCGCACGACCUAGCCCUGCCCUGCAGCUCUACGUGGACUGCAAACUGGGAGACCAGCACUCCGGGCUCCCUGCGUUGGCCCCCAUUCCUCCCGCCGAGGUUGACGGGCUGGAGAUUCGGACUGGACAGAAGGCGUAUUUGAGGAUGCAGGGCUUCGUGGAAUCUAUGAAAAUGAUUCUGGGCGGGUCCAUGGCCCGGGUGGGGGCCCUGAGUGAGUGUCCAUUCCAGGGGGACGAGUCCAUCCACAGUGCAGUGACCAGCGCACUGCACUCCAUCCUCGGGGAGCAGACCAAGGCGCUGGUCACCCAGCUCACCCUCUUCAACCAGAUCCUGGUGGAGCUGCGCGAUGAUAUCCGAGACCAGGUGAAGGAGAUGUCUCUGAUCCGAAACGCCAUCAUGGAGUGUCAGGUGUGCGGCUUCCACGAGCAGCGUUCCCACUGCAGCCCCAACCCCUGCUUCCGAGGCGUGGACUGCAUGGAAGUGUACGAGUACCCCGGCUACCGCUGCGGGCCCUGCCCCCCGGGCCUGCAGGGCAACGGCACUCACUGUGUGGACAUCGAUGAGUGCGCUCACGCGGACCCCUGCUUCCCUGGGGCCAGCUGCGUCAACACGGUGCCUGGCUUCCACUGUGAAGCCUGUCCUCGCGGCUAUAAGGGCACUCGGGUGUCCGGCGUGGGCAUCGACUACGCCCGCGCCAGCAAACAGGUCUGCAGCGACGUGGACGAAUGCAACGAUGGGAACAACGGUGGCUGCGACCCGAACUCCGUCUGCACCAACACCGCGGGGUCUUUCAAGUGUGGUCCCUGUCGCCUGGGCUUCCUGGGGAACCAGAGCCAGGGCUGCCUCCCAGCCCGCACCUGCCACAGCCCAGCCCAUAGCCCCUGCCACGUCCACGCGCACUGUCUCUUUGAGCGCAACGGAGCAGUGUCCUGCGCGUGUAACGUGGGCUGGGCUGGGAACGGGAACGUGUGUGGGACCGACACAGACAUCGACGGCUACCCGGACCAGGCCCUGCCGUGCAUGGACAACAACAAGCACUGCAAGCAGGACAAUUGCCUUUUGACACCCAACUCUGGGCAGGAAGACGCGGACAAUGACGGUGUGGGGGACCAGUGUGAUGAGGACGCUGAUGGGGACGGAAUCAAGAACGUGGAGGACAACUGCCGACUGUUCCCCAACAAGGACCAGCAAAACUCUGACACAGACUCCUUUGGGGAUGCCUGUGACAACUGCCCCAACGUCCCCAACAAUGACCAGAAGGACACGGACGGCAACGGGGAAGGGGACGCGUGUGACAAUGACGUGGAUGGAGAUGGCAUCCCCAACGGACUGGACAAUUGCCCUAAGGUCCCGAACCCACUGCAGACUGACAGGGACGAAGACGGGGUGGGAGAUGCCUGCGACAGCUGCCCUGAAAUGAGCAACCCUACCCAGACAGAUGCCGACAGCGACCUGGUGGGGGACGUCUGUGACACCAACGAGGACAGUGAUGGGGAUGGACAUCAGGACACCAAGGACAACUGCCCAGAGCUGCCAAACAGCUCCCAGCUGGACUCAGACAACGACGGACUCGGAGACGAGUGUGACGGGGAUGACGACAAUGACGGGGUCCCAGACUACGUGCCUCCGGGUCCUGACAACUGCCGCCUUGUCCCCAACCCCAAUCAGAAGGACUCAGACGGCAAUGGCGUUGGUGAUGUGUGUGAGGAUGACUUCGACAAUGACGCAGUGGCCGACCCCCUGGACGUGUGCCCCGAGAGUGCAGAGGUGACCUUAACGGAUUUCCGGGCCUAUCAGACCGUCGUCCUGGACCCUGAGGGAGACGCUCAGAUCGACCCAAACUGGGUUGUGCUCAACCAGGGCAUGGAAAUCGUUCAGACCAUGAACAGUGACCCUGGCUUGGCGGUUGGAUACACGGCCUUCAACGGUGUGGACUUUGAAGGCACCUUUCACGUGAACACGGUGACUGAUGAUGACUACGCAGGCUUCCUCUUCAGCUAUCAGGACAGCGGCCGCUUCUACGUGGUCAUGUGGAAGCAGACGGAGCAGACCUACUGGCAGGCCACACCCUUCCGGGCUGUCGCUCAGCCAGGGCUGCAGCUCAAGGCGGUGACGUCUGUGUCAGGCCCCGGUGAGCACCUCCGCAAUGCCCUGUGGCACACUGGCCACACCCCCGAUCAGGUCCGGCUGCUGUGGACUGACCCCCGAAACGUGGGCUGGCGGGACAAGACUUCCUACCGCUGGCAGCUGCUGCACCGGCCUCAAGUGGGCUACAUCCGGGUGAAGCUCUAUGAGGGUCCUCAGCUGGUGGCGGACUCCGGGGUGAUCAUCGACACAGCCAUGCGGGGAGGCCGUCUGGGCGUAUUCUGCUUCUCUCAAGAAAAUAUCAUUUGGUCCAAUCUCCAGUAUCGAUGCAAUGACACGGUGCCCGAGGACUUUGAGCCGUUCCGGAGGCAGCUGCUCCAGGGAACCGUGUGAAGAGGCGGCCCGGCGGGAUUCCGAAUCCGGAUUUUAGACCCUCUGGCCUUGGCGUCCAUCCUGGAGACCCUGGGGUCUAACUUACAGCCACUCAAGCAAACACAGACCCUCCUCCGGCACCCACAGGAGUUCCACCCCAGAAGGGUGGUGACCCCAUGGUUCAGGAGUUGGGAAGUUUUCAAGGGUAUUCUUCUCAGGCACUAACCCCAGGAAAGAGAACAGCACGUUGCCAUAAAGGUCCAGUGGUUUUCUAAGCUA